AUGAGCACUGUGUUCGAGAUCCACCCGCUGCAUGGCGACGUGGUCCCUUCGGAGCAUGCGGGAACAUUCAGCUACGUCGCCGACGGGGCUCGGCAAAUUUUGAUUAGGCCGCCGCCAAGCGAUGGCAAGAGCAAGUCAGCCCUGGAGGAUUGCGGCAGGCUGGCCUGGACCUUGGCCACCCACGUGCGGCGCCGCAGCGUGGAGCUCCUGGCGAGAGCCUUGCCUCACGGGGUGGACGCGCAGCGGGCAGCAGAGAGUCUUGGCCUGCAGGGCCCGGAUGACCUGGAGGCGUGGCUGGCCACGGAGUUCCCGAACCAGGCCUUGCUGCGAGGAGACCGCCUGGAUUGUGCAAAGGUGUGCGCCUGCUUUGCAGAGGAGCAGGCGCAGGUGGCGCAACGCGAGGAGGCCUCGCGCCGAGACACGGAGCUGAGCACCUUCGUUGUGAGCCAUGAAGAGGUUCUGAAGCGUGCAGAACAGAAGAAGGCAGCGAAGGCGGCGUCCAAGGCUGAGAAGAAGGCAAAGAAGGAGAAGAAGCGUGAAAAGAAGCGUGCGAAGAAAGAGAAGAAGCGGCAGAAGAAGGAGAAGAAGGAGAACCGGACAGCCAAGAAGGCCAAGCCAGGCCUGGCAAUGUUUCUUGGGCUCGUUCUGGUGGAUACAAAGGAAGGGUUUUAA